GCGAUAAGCGACAUUGUCACAGUCACUCUGGAUGAGAGCGUCUGCGUGCUGCGGGUCGCGCAUUUCGGAAUUGCUCCAAAGUGUUCUAACUGGUGUUUUGUAUUUUUCUUUGAAGUUGGGGGAAUUUUAACUCGCAUUCUCUCUCUGCCAGGAAAUAAACGAGGGGAUUUAGCGGCAGAUUAAGAAACUCUCAUCACUUUGCUGGCAGCGCCCGUCGGCUCCGCGGCUCCGCGUUGAAAGUGCUGGUGUCGCUUUUGGUGGAACGUGGACUGAACGGAUUAACAGAAUAUAUAUUUUUUAUCUGCUUCAACAGAUUUAUUUUGCUCCAUAAUGCAGAUGAUGCAGAUAUAGCCAGUGGAGGAAUGCAUUAAAAAGUGUUAUUGGUGUGGACGGUUACAUGUGAGUUGUGUCAGGAAGAAAUAUUUGAUCCCUGAACUUGUCCCUGAAUUAAUCAUGGCAUUAAUUGAAACAUUGAAGGGGCCUGAAAUAUGAAUUUUCUUUGAUUUUCUUUUAAAUUAUACCCCCCUCCUAAAUACGGUGAAUUUGGCACCAUCUCCCAUUUCAGCAUUCUUCUAAUAAGCUUGGCUUCUACAACAACCCUCUCAGUGGCAGACAUGGUUUCCAUCUGAUGCUAAGAAAUAAACCGGACCGGAGGACAACGAGGGAAGUCAAAGGACAUUUGAACAAGACGUUAUUUGGUGUGUUUUUUUGUAUUGAGUCACCACACAUCUGAGAAAUACCAAUUUUAUCAGUGACACAGAGCUUUCCUUCCACUCCCCUCCACAUCCUUCUACACCUCUUUACACCAAAGAGGUCCUCGGAGAGGCUUCAUCCUGGCCGGCACCAUUCCAGCCAAGGGGGAAGAGGACUUCCUGACGCUGGCCGCUUCGCGGCUCAGCCGCAGGAAACGCGUCAUUGGAGCUGCUGUAGGUGUGGCCAUGGUUCUAAUACUGCUGGUGGCCAUUCCCCUUCUUGUCCACACAACCAAAGGGGGGAACACCGAAAAUGCAGGAAGCCAUUUUGAAAUGCUUGGCAGCUGCAGGAUGGUUUGCGACCCCUACGCCACGUCUCAGCCCGGCCAGGAGCUGACGGCCGUGUCCCCCCCGCCGCAGGACUACUCGGGGAAGAAAGCUCAAGUCUGGUUUCCGGGCCUCCAGGGAUCCCCCGGCCCCCAAGGAGCACGUGGACCCCCCGGAGAGCCCGGCAAACCAGGGCCACAGGGGCCUGCGGGUCCAGGUCCCGGUGGCUAUUCACCCUCACUCUACACUCCCAAAAUUGCCUUUUACGCAGGGCUACGCAAGCAGCACGAGGGAAGUGAAGUGCUGAAGUUUGAUGACGUGGUGACCAACGUAGGUAACUACUAUGAGCCCAGCACAGGCAAGUUCACCUGCCCCCUGCCGGGCAUCUACUUCUUCACCUACCAUGUUUUAAUGAGAGGGGGUGACGGAACCAGCAUGUGGGCAGACCUGAAAAAGAACGGACUGGUAAGAGCCAGCGCCAUCGCUCAGGACGCCGAUCAGAAUUACGACUACGCCUCCAACAGUGUGAUCCUGCAUUUGGACGUGGGCGACGAGGUGUGUGUGCAGCUGGACGGAGGGAAGGUCCACGGAGGGAACACAAACAAGUAUAGCACCUUCUCCGGUUUCCUCAUCUACCCGGACUGAAUGGAAUCCUUCCCGAUGGAGACCGGUUCACCAACACACACUUAAACACAACCGCACUAACACACACGUACGUAUGCAAAUCAAUGCACAAUACACAGGUAUGCAGACGCUCAGUUCCUACUUGGACAGAUGAGAAUAUGUACACACACACACACACACACACACAGGCAUAGUGAGAUUACAACACAAGAGCGUACCGAGUGACAGUCUAAGUCGAGUAGCGUGAUUUUGAGCCAGCAACUCUCACUACCGGCACCUUUUGUGCAAAUAUGAAUAGCAGAAGAUGUACAGUAUUGGUGCACAUAGCAUUGCACACUCCGGCUUGGGAAACAUCUAAAAUUAUUUUGUGUGUUCCACAUUAACUGACAUUGUGAGAACUACAAUAUAACAAUAAAUCAUCAGAAUAUUAUUAUUUUCAAUGCAAUAAUAGGCCCCAUUGGCAGUAUUGCACUUUAUCUUACACAUUUCGGCUCGUCGUUCCAACGACUUCGGAUAAAGUGGCCGACGUUUCGCAACUCGUCAUUGUGAAAUGUGUUAUUCCCUUAAGUGAAUUACACCAGUUGAAAGGAAAUCCCUGUUGUGCUUCAUCCUGCCUCGGGGCCAUGCUGAUCAAAACUAGGCCAUCUGAAUAAACACAGAGGUUAGAAGUCUCUCUCUCUUCCCAUCGUGAUGCAGGAUAUCACAGCAAGACAAAACAAAACAUAUUAGAAGACAUUUCAUGGAUGACACUUGUGUGAUGAAGUGCCAAGUGCACUACUGACAAUAGAAAGUGUGUGUGUGUGUGUGUGUGGUCAGUACUGAGUGGAUAGAUAUUGUUGUAUAAUGAGGCAUUGAAGAGUAACAGCUGUAGUGUUUUAGUUACAUUAAAUGUUGUACAAUAUAUUACUGGAAUCACACUGCCAUAUUUACUUAUUACCUUAUUUUUUAGAGACCCUGUCAAAUUAUCAUCAUAUGUAUUGACACAGUAAUCCUGGAUUGGGCCAACAGGUACGUUGAAUAGGCCUGCUAUUAAAAAUAUCUAUAACUACCA